AUGGCGCCGCCGACUUCGCUGGCCGAGCGGAAUGAAGCGAACCGACAGCACAAUCGUCAAGUCAUUCGGAAACUGGUCUUUUUCUCGUUUCUCAUGUUCAGCCUCCCGAUUGCGGCCUUUUACGUGCUCAAUCAUGUCUUUCGAGACAGCGAGAACAAAACCAUGUGGAGUGGGUUUGGCGCAAUUGGAGUUGUGAACGUUGUCAUUGUGGCGUAUAUCAUCGAAGCAUUUCGAGAAGAUGCUGCGGCUGCCAAGGACAACGCGGUUCCAUCGCCCGUUGUUGGAAAAGUCAAACACUCGUAA